AUGGAGAUGGCGAUAACAGCAGGCUCAAAUCCAAAGGACAACAACGUCCGCCACCGAUGGCAACAAUCCGCAGACUCAAGCUCCGGUGGGCCGUCCAAGCCGUCGCCGGUUAGGCGCCUCUGCCUAGUCGACCAAGGAAGGGGGAAGCUGUCGCCCGUUUGGCACCUCCGCCUACUCGACCAUGGAAAGGGGAAGCCAUCGCCCCGUUCGGCACAUCCGCCCACUCGAUCGUGGAAAGUUGGAGAUUUGCCAGAAGUUAGCCCACCAAUAG